ACGUACGCUCCCCGCCCCCCCGACGCGGCGUGAGCGCGGCCGCGGCUGUUGGCUGUUAACGAGGCUUGGGCGGUUGUCUUGGAGAAUCAAGAUGGCUGCGACGGCGGCCGCGGUGGCUGCCGAGGAAGACACGGAACUCCGGGACCUGCUGGUGCAGACGCUGGAGAACAGCGGCGCCCUGAACCGCAUCAAGGCUGAACUCCGAGCAGCUGUGUUUUUAGCACUAGAGGAGCAAGAAAAAGUGGAGAACAAAACUCCUUUAGUCAAUGAGAGCUUGAAAAAAUUUUUAACUACAAAGGAUGGUCGUUUAGUGGCAAGUCUUGUUGCAGAAUUUCUUCAGUUUUUUAACCUUGACUUUACCUUGGCUGUUUUUCAACCUGAAGCCAGCACAGUAAGAUUUCAGGGUCUUGAAGGGCGAGAGAAUCUAGCCCGAGACUUAGGUAUCAUUGAAGCAGAAGGCACUGUGGGUGGACCCUUGCUCUUAGAAGUGAUAAGACGCUGUCAACAGAAAGAAAAAGGGCCUGCCACUGGGGAAGGUGCUCUGCAUCUAUCUGAUAUACAUUCUCCUCCACCAAAGUCACCGGAAGGAAAAACAAGUAUACACACACCCCCUAGUAAGAUACCAAGGUAUAAAGGACAAGGUAAGAAGAAGACAAGCGGGCAGAAGUCUGGUGACAAGAAGGCCAACAGGGAGACCAGUCAGAGUGAUACAGCUCUCUCCUCAUCAGAACCAAAGAGCAAAAGCAGUCUGCACUCUCUGACCCAUGAAACAAAAAUUGGAUCUUUUUUAAGCACUACUGCUUUAGAUGUCAAAGACAAAGCUGGCCUUUGUCCAGAAGAUGAUGAUAUGGAAGGAGAUUCUUUCUUUGAUGAUCCCAUUCCUAAACCAGAAAAAACCUAUGGUUGGAGAAGUGAACCUAGGAAGCAAGCAGGAAGUCUGACCUCGAUCUCGGAUGCUCCCCCCUUAAGAAGUGGACUCACCUCCCUGGCAGGAGCCCCCUCAUUAAAAGAGCCUGAGAGUAAAAAAGGAAGCACAGUUUUGAAAGAUCUGAAAUUAGUCAGUGAUAAAAUUGGAUCACUUGGAUUAGGGACUGGAGAAGAAGACUAUGUUGAUGACUUUAAUAGUGCCACUCAUCGCUCAGAAAAAAGUGAGCUAAGUAUUGGUGAAGAGAUUGAAGAAGAUCUUUCUGUGGGAGUAGAUGACAUCAAUACCAGUGACAAACUUGAUGACCUCACGCAAGACUUCACUGUUUCCCAGCUCAGUGACAUUGCGGAUUAUUUGGAAGAUGUGGCAUAGACAUGAAGAGGAAGUAUUCUAAUUAACAAAGGACUCAUCAAUUCCAUUUUGGUGUUUUGGACAAUCAAUCUUUGCUGGAAAGUUUGCGCCCUAUUGGUGCCUUGCACUGCAAAAAGACUGCAGAUUUUUUUUUUUUUAAAUAACUUUCCAUUUUACUAAACAAAAUGUGUCCUGUAUGAGCCCAUGUGUGGAAGAAUUAAUAUUCUUAAUUUGGUUAGGCUCUAUUUCUGUGGAUAUUAAUUUUCUAACUUGAAAACAUCAGUGUUUAAGAUCAUGAAAGGUGGGGCUUGGGAUUUAGCUCAGUGGCAUAAGCGCCUACCUGGCAAGUACAAGGUCAUGAGUCUGAACUCUGGUACCAAAAAAAACAAAUCAUGAAAGGUUUGGCUGGGAAUUUAGCACUAGUAGAGGCCCUCGGUUUGGUCCUAAGCACAAAUAAUUUUAUGAAUGAAAGGUAUAAGUGAAGCUAUAGGUUUGCAAAGCUAUAGGUUUGCGCAUCUCUGCAAGUGUGUGGCUACUGAUACACAGUGAUCUGUGAGAACCAUAGUUUCAGCCAUCUUAUAGCAAAACUUACCUACAUAGUGCUUUUUUUUUUUUUCAAUAUUCAAUGUACUUUACUAUGUGAAUUUUUUUGUGUUACAUGAUUUUUGUUUUUCAUUUGAAUGUCAGGAUUUUUAUGACUCAGAAGGCCUCUUUACUUCCUUUCUGUAACAUUUUUCUUGAUGAGAAGAUAAAAGUAAUGCAGUAAAAGAGCAUAAAAAUGUGCAGAUGCCCUGGAAAUGAGGAGAGAGUCCAAGUCCAGUGUUUCCUUUUAAACUGCAACAUGGCAUGACUUCCCAUAUUCUGAUUCUGCAUGGCUUUCAACAAUCAUUAUAAGACUUCAGGAAACAGUACUUGGCUAGGACACAGAGGAUGGUGCAGAUAAGUGGUAUUCUUUCAGCCCCACAAAAUUGGCUUCUUGAAAGUAUAUAAAAAUUUGCAUUAAAAUAAAGGAAAAGUGACACAUGAUUUCUGGCCUCUGGCCCUCAAUUUAAAGAAAAAAGAAAGCAACCAAAUGCUUGUUCAUUACACUGAUUAAAUUGUUUAGCCAGUUGUAUUUUAGUUUCUUUAAUCAGGACAUGUUUAGUAAAUCUUUCAGAUUUAAGUCCAAGUUCGGUUUUAGUUUGUUGAGCUUAAAAUGAUAGAGAAUCCUGAUAGUCAUUUGCUUUUCUCAUACCAGUCUAUCCAUUGCACGUAUCAUCUAGGCCUACCAAAAUAUGACCAGAAACACAGUGUGUUCGAUAAUUUUGAUGAAUCCCACUUUAGAAGCAGGAGCAUGCUGGAAUUGCGUAUUAUAAAUGUAUUUAUUCUCAUCUCCAAAAGGAUUUCUAUAAUCUGUACACCUGCAAGUGGUGAAGUCUCAUUUAUCCAAAAGUGUAGUAUGGUUUGGAAAAUCAGCUAUAAAGAAUAUUGACAAGUUGUCAUUGAUGCGUCCAUUCAAAAGCGGUGUGAUAUUUGUUGAGUAGGCAUAGGAAUAAACAGGGAAUUAUGUCUGAUACAAAUGUAGUAGUAAAGGCAUUAGUUGCAACACAAUGGGCAACCAUUCUAGAAAGAAUGUCUUGCUAAAUACCUAUGCAAUGAGCUUUAGUAGCCACAAGUCUCCUUUAAUGAGUAGCAAGUUUCCAGGCAUCUACUUGGAUCUUUACAAAUUACUAUUUAAGAUAGUAAAAAGAACCAAAGGAAAAGAGCCACAAAUAGUAUGACAAAUCCAAACUGUUUCUAAGUACUCACAGAAGAACCCAAGUUGUCCAAAACUUUCAAGGUGAUGAUUCUGCUCUCAGUGACUAUAUACUUUCUGCACAUUGGUCUGAGACUUUUGACGUCUACAUCAAUUAAAAACCAAGAGAUAAAUGGCUUUCUAAGUGUUUGUGAAAAUCUCAUUCCCAAUCAUGAUGGUCAGGUGGAUUGUUCUGUUAAACAGCCUCUGGGAUUACGUUCUUUAUACAUUAAACAAAUGUGUAUAUUUUCCAGGAUAGCCGACAACUUUCCCUUUAAAGAAAGCUACAUAGAAGCAGGACAAGUAAGAUUUUACAAUGCGGAAUAGGAACAUUUUCAAAGUAAAACUGUUCUCAUUUCUGAUUAAGUUAAAGUUGCAUUUUUGUAAUCCAUGCAGCAAUCUUUUCAUAAAAGAAAUUCAAGGUCAAGCUGACAGUAAAAUUCAAGCAUGAUCCUGUGAAUGAUAUGGCUAACAGAAGUAAAAAUCCUUUUGACCUCCUUAAAGGUGCUUCAUUUUCCACAAAGGUAGCAAAUGUAGCAAGGACUGACAGGUGGUGCAUGAUUAUAGCUGUUGUACUGGUGAUGAGCCAUCCAUAAUGUUGCUGUGAAUCCUUCUAAGAAAUACUAUGGACUAUGGCUAUAUAGAAGCAUGUAAAGGUUUCAUCCCCUUGGUCACUGCAUUUGUUUUCCUGUGUUUACACAUGGCUUCAAACUCAAGUCUCAGCUGGUGCUAUGGAAACUUUUCAAAGUCUGCCAGAUUGUAUUCUUGUCUCUCAGUCUAGCUUGUCAAUUUUUCCAAAAUUCCAAAAACAACCAGUUUGUUGACCAAUUGUUAGAAAGAUUUCUUAUAAUCCUUUGUUCUUUUUUUGAAUCUAGAUUGAUUUCCCAAAUUCCCAUGAAUAUUUGAAAGGAUACUGUUGACUCAUUAUCAGGUAAACAGGACAGUUUUGAAGCCAAACAAUAUUUAGUCUCCAGUAAUCACACACUUAAUCACAGAAUGGACAUAUGGUCAUCUAACCUCGUGUUAGGAUCACAGAUUUCAGUGUGUGGGUUACUGUCCAUUGAUAAUGAGCCAUGAAUAAAAUGCAGCUGUGCUAACUAUAUCUUCAGUGAAUAGCAUUUCUGUAUAAAAUCCAAGAAAGGUUAAAUAGUAGUUUUUCUUCUAUUAAUCACUAGUCAAAUUCAAAGGUGACUCCUUAUAAAAAUAAGAAAACAGCCCAGUUCAUGUGAGGUGUGUACUUUCCAUUGACAGGAUUGGAAAGCCCAGUAUUUGGCCUUGAUGAAGCAGCAGGUACUCUCUUCUCUGAAGCUUUCCUCUCAGCUUUAGGGCAGGUCUGUGUGGCUCAUGCGGCCUGAGGUGACAGGCUCAUGUACGGGGCACCCAGAUUGUGCAGCACUUCUGAUUACUUUUAGUAGUCUGAGUCCUUGUAUGGUUUCAGUGGUUCCAGGCAGAAGCAGCAUAGUGGAAGGAACUGGUAGAGAAAAGCAUCUCAUAACAUGGUGUCCAGGAUACGGAGGCUUGCCUACUAUGUUUUGAUAUAGGGAAGUUCUGCGUCGUUAGCAAAAUAACCCUGUAAGUUUGUGAUAUAAGUUAAAUUUGCUGUCGAUUUUAUUUUGCAUUUCCUUCCAUUUGGGAGGUUUGUUAGACCAUUAAGGUUAUAUUAAAGUACUCUGUGUGUGCUUAGUUUUGGUUGAUGUAAAGAAAUCCAGAAGUAAUUAUGAUUUUUAAUUCAUAGAAUUGUCAAUACUUAAUGUUUGUGGUCACUUGUAUUUCUCCUGUUGUACAUGUAAGCAGCUUUAGUCAUAGUUCUCUUCAUGUUUAUAAUUUAUUAUUUGUAAAGAUGCCUUGAAAUAUUAAAUACCAAAAUGCAUCUGAAACCAUUAAGCAAUGCUUUUAUUUCAGAUCUGUAAAUGAUUAUAUUUAAAUCCAAAUUGGAAUGAAAUAGUAAUGGCCUACGACCAUACAAAUUCAUUCUAACAAGCUUUAUAUACUGUACUUAACUUCGUGGUAAGCCUUUAAAAAUAAGACAAUAUUAGAACUUUCAGCAGUCUCAUUCAUUGUGCUACUGUGAUGUAGGUCACUGACAUUUGUAAUGCUAAGUAUUUAAAAAUGUUUAGGAAAAACAAUUGAAAGUGAUACCUGUAUAUUCUUAUAAAUGUAAGUAAAAUUAUGUUUAUGUUAAAGUUUUGUACUUUUUAAUUUCAAUUAUGACUUUUUUUGGUAACGUUACCAUUAUUAAUAAAAGAGCAAAUUAGAUAUAAUUCUUGAGUCUCAAGCAGACUUUGGUUGCCAAAUGCCAGUUUUCCAUUUCAUAGAUAACCUAAGAAUUACAAAAAUAUUUUUGGGCCCUAAAAUGUAGAGGAAAUGAAAACUGAGUAAGAAUUAAGGCUAUCUGACAUUAGAAUCUGGCUUAGUGAAACUGAGCUAUAAGCCUCAAGAGGAAGUAGGACAGAAAAUGGGCCAAGCAGCGUGGAAGCCCCCAAGUACUUCUGCCCUCACUCUGUGGCCCAGAUCUAUCGCCAUUGGCUUUUCAGGUCCCAGGAAAGAGCACUGUGUGAAGUGGGAUCUGUGCUUGCUCCAAACUGCAUUGCCGCUUUUUACAGCCCUCUAAUUCUGUCCCUUUGGAGUCUGGAUCAGUUGUUGUUUUCAGCAUUUGCUAGAAGCUGAAUUUCAGUGAAGUUGUUUGAAUACUGCAGGAUGUGGCUUUUAAAUUUGUGGAAAAUUUUGAAAUAGUUGCAUCUGAAAUUUGUCAUUUUCUAUUAACCAGAGACUGAUCUUUCUGAAUCAGUAGGGAGAAAAAAUACUGAAUUUACAACUUUGUCUUCAGCGUUACGUAUAUCUUACUGAAUAAGAAUAAUUUAAAAUUGAACUAUGAAAAAGUUUGUUUCCAUGUGUAGUCCUUACUUAGAUACUAACUUUACUUUUAAACCUUAAAAUGCAGUGACAGAUUUUGUGUAUGAUAACUUUUCUUUUUGUUAAAAAAGCAUGAUGGUAACUUGUAGUCUGUAUUUUAUAUUGGAGUUUAAAAAGCUAAGCCUUUCAUUUUAUCGGUGAGAACUACACCUGAAUAAAAAGCAUAUAUCCUU